AUGGAAACCAGGAAGGAGAUGGUGAUGUUUCUGGAAGGAGGUCAACUUGGCCCUCUGGCAAGCAAGAGGGCAUCCACUUUGGCAGAGACCGUGGGAAGCCCCGGCCAAGAGGCGCAAGACAAGAUGGUUCACAGGAGCUGCCUGAGUCCUCGAUCCGGCCCUUUGCCCUCCCGGGAAAGAGGAGCAGGAGGGCGAGGAAGGCUGGAAGAGGAGGACGACGAGGACGACGAGGAGGAGGAGGAGGAGGAGGAGGUGGAAGUGUUACCGGGGACAGGGACGGUCCCGGAGAGCCGCUCGGCGGCGGCGGCGCUCCUCUCCGCCGGCCAGCAGCCCCCUCUCCACCGCCUCUCCUCCGCCAAAGGCCAGCAGAGCAGCUCGGACACCGAGUCGGAUUUCUAUGAGGAAAUCGACGUGAGCUGCACCCCGGACUGCGCCACGGCCAGCGCCGAGUACCACCAGCACAGCCAAGGACAGGGCUCGGAGGCGUCCGCGGGCAGCCCCAGCAGCGGGAGCGAGCCCCCCAAGGGCGGCGGCGGCGGCGCGGGUUCCCAGGGGUCGCUGUCCUGCAGCGCCAGCGACCAGAUGCGACGCUACCGGACGGCCUUCACCCGGGAGCAGAUCGCCAGGCUGGAGAAGGAGUUCUACCGGGAGAAUUACGUGUCGAGACCCAGGAGAUGCGAGCUGGCGGCCGCCUUGAAUCUACCCGAAACCACCAUCAAGGUGUGGUUCCAGAACCGGCGCAUGAAGGACAAGAGGCAGCGCUUGGCCAUGACUUGGCCGCAUCCGGCAGACCCGGCCUUUUACACCUACAUGAUGAGCCAUGCGGCGGCCACGGGCAACCUGCCCUACCCCUUCCCUUCUCACCUGCCCCUGCCCUACUACUCCCACAUGGGCCUGGGGGCCACCUCGGCUUCCGCCGCCGCCGCCGCCCCCUUCAGCUCCCCGCUGAGGCCGCUCGACACCUUCCGGGUCCUUUCCCACCCUUACCCCCGGCCAGAACUGCUGUGCGCCUUCCGACACCCAUCCCUCUACGCCGGCCCGACCCACGGACUGAGCGGCGCGGCGGGGGGCCCCUGCUCCUGCCUGGCUUGUCACGGGAGCCAGGCCAACGGGCUGCCCCAGAGGCCUUCGGGAUCGGACUUUACCUGUUCGGCGACCACCAGGACGGACUCUUUUCUCACCUUCACGCCCUCGGUGCUGAGCAAGACUGCCUCGGUCUCCCUGGAUCAGAGGGAAGAAGUCCCCUUGACCAGAUAA